GCCAAAGUCUGAUCAUCCCCGGGGGGAGCUUUUAUCUUAUCUCCCUCACAGUGCCUGCCGCGGCCAUGGAGAAUAUAAACACAUAAAGAUGUAAAAAGUCCGACCUGUGGCUCUGUACGGCACAGAUGACAUGUAUGGAUUUUAACCCUUUGGUGGCCAGAGGUGACUGAAAUAACAUAUAAUAUAAUACAUUUAAACCUUUUUGAUGAGCCGGGCGGCGCUCUGCAACCUGACCGCCCGGUCCUCAAAGGGUUAACCUGUCAGCCAACCCCCCCCCCCGGUUGUUCCUGGGGCAGAUCGCCGCUCGUGAUACUUUGUAGCAGUUUUACUGUCACUUGGAACGCCGGGUGACACUGCGAUCACGUGAUCAGACCGGGGAGGCUCUCUGGGUAAAGUGCAGAGGAGAGGAAGCGCUCGGUAUUUACCGUCUCUGCGAGACUGCGGCGUAUCCGGGGAGUCCCAUGGAUCUGGGCUGCGAUGGCGUCCAUAUACUGGGCGGCGCGUUUGGUGCUUUAGUCUCUUUGGUAUUAAUAUGGGCCGCCCGCCGCCUCGGGGCCGUCUACCAGCUCUUCCACAAGGUGGAAACUCAGAGUCCUUGCCACGGCGGGGAGGUUGUUGCUAAAGUUCUGCAGGCCCACGGGGUGCGUUACGUCUUCACCUUGGUUGGCGGACACAUUUCUCCCAUCCUGGUUGCCUGUGAAAAGCUGGGAAUCCGCGUAGUGGAUACGCGGCAGGAGGCCACGGCAGUGUUUGCCGCAGACGCCGUGGCCAGGCUGUCGGGCACGGUGGGCGUUGCUGCGGUUACGGCGGGCCCCGGCUUAACGAACACGGUAACGGCCAUUAAAAACGCUCAGAUGGCCGAAUCCCCUCUCCUGCUGAUAGGAGGAGCGGCUGCCACGUUACUGCAGGGUCGAGGGGCUCUCCAGGACAUAGACCAGAUGUCCCUGUUCCGGCCUCUUUGUAAAUUCUGCGCCUCCGUCAGGACCGUGCGGGAGAUUGUCCCCGUGCUCCGGAAAGCCAUGGCCGCAGCCCAGUCCGGGACCCCCGGACCGGUGUUUGUGGAAUUUCCUAUCGAUACUUUGUAUCCCUAUCACGUGGUCUAUAAGGAGCUGUCCCCAAAAGGCGCCCCCAAAGGAAUUGUAGGAAAAGUUACCAACUGGUAUUUACAAAAUCAUCUGAAUAACCUCUUUGCCGGAGCCUGGGAACCUCGUGACGUCUCCCCGCUCCGAGUCUCCGUCCCGCAAGCCACCCCUGACCAGGUUCAGCAAUGUAUGGAGCUUCUGAGUCGAGCAAAGAAGCCGGUGUUCCUUUUGGGGAGUCAGGUCACCUUGCCCCCCACACCCGUUGAAAAACUCAGGAAGGCUCUGGAGUCAUUGGGCAUCCCGUGUUUUUUGGGAGGCAUGGCAAGGGGCAUGCUGGGAAGGGACAGCCCGCUGCACAUCCGGCAGAACCGCAGGGAUGCGUUGAAGGAAGCAGAUCUCGUCAUUCUGGCUGGUACCGUCUGUGAUUUCCGCCUGUCCUACGGCCGCGUCCUAAACCGGCGCAGUAAAAUCAUCGCUGUGAACAGAGACCGCACUCAGCUCAUGAAGAACUCCGACAUGUUCUGGAAACCAACGAUUGCGAUACAAGCGGACGCCGGCUCCUUUAUAGUCAAUCUCUGCGAGGGUCUUAAGGGAUAUUCGUGCCCCUCGGACUGGGCAGGAGGACUGAAGACAGGAGAUGCCGAUAAGGAAAAAGCAAACCGCCAAAAAGCUGAAGAGAAGACAGAAAGGCAUCUGAAUCCUCUGAAAGUUCUGCAUCUGGCCGAGGAGGCAAUGGCGGAGGACAGCAUAAUAGUAGCGGACGGCGGGGAUUUUGUCGGGAGCGCGGCGUACAUUCUUCGCCCGCGGGGUCCCUUGCGCUGGCUGGAUCCAGGUGCGUUUGGGACUCUAGGGGUCGGAGGAGGAUUUGCUUUGGGAGCCAAGCUUUGCCGGCCAGAUUCAGAGGUUUGGAUCAUAUUUGGAGAUGGAUCGCUAGGAUACAGCAUUGUUGAAUUUGAUACUUACACACGUCACAAGACGCCGGUGAUUGCUCUCGUUGGGAACGACGCCUGUUGGAGUCAAAUCUCUCGAGAGCAAGUUCCCAUGCUGGGAAGCAACGUAGCCUGCGGCCUGGCAUAUAAUGAUUAUCACACCGUGGCAGACGGGUUUGGCGGCAAGGGGAUCCUCGUCACCCGGCAAGAUGAAGACAAGCUGGCGGACAUCAUUGAGGAGGCCCGGGACGCCUGCAGGAAGGGGAAGGCCGUUCUCCUCAAUGUUCUGAUUGGGAAGACAAAUUUUAGAGAUGGUUCCAUCUCGGUUUAAAGCUUUAAUAGACCGGAAGCGCCACCUCUUAUCAAAGCUUCUCUGGGUAGACGUCGAAUGGUCUUUUGGAUCUUUCCGGGUCACCCCUGCUGUUUUUUCGGUUAAAGGGUUUAAAGAAACAAUCAGAGAGUGAUGGGAGUAGAAUCAAUUCCUGGCUGUUUUAACGACCCGAUACUGUAUAAACCAAUUGGGUGAGAAGCCUAAACGCUAAACUCAGGUAUACUAUGCAACUAAUCGGAAAAUCCUGACUCAAAUCUAAACAUUUUGCCAAAAUUCAUUUUAUUACUUUUUUUCUAAGUCAAAAAGGGAGAGAAGUGAAAGUAUUGUAAUUCUGCUAGCGGGGGUUACUUAAGAUUUUCAGUCUUUUUUACCCCAAAUUCUUUUGUGUGUCCCCCCCGCAAAAUUCCACCGUUUAAU